CGAUUAUCGAAUAAUUAUCACAUUAAGAGCAGUCGCAAAUAAAAGAUCUAAAAAGAAUUAUGACGUGGAAUAAGUCGGGAUGAGAGAUAUCCGAAGAUAUUUUUCUGACAUUUCCCAGAAGACGUCUUGAAAAUUUUAAACGCCUCUUGGAUGACUUCAUAACUUCCUUCUCUGGGAAUUGGAUGACGGAUGAUGUCAUUGCCCCGAAGAGCCACUGAGCGGCGCGGCGCUGAUGCGUGGGACCAGUGAGGCGCUCAAGAUGGCCGUCACGUACAUCUGAUCGGAGGUGUGUAUGCGAAAUUUGACGCCGAUUUGACGUGACGAGGGUGGGCCGUGCACCUCGUGCCGCUGGCAUGGUGAUCGCGCGGAGAUAACCCGACCCCCGACAUCGAUGCGGACCGUCCUGGCCGUCGCCGUCGAUGGUUGUUCCUGUCCCCGCGGCCGCCGGCGGCUCGCACUGAAUCAUGUUCGGCAAGAAGCUCCAUGUAGACGUCAAGAAGUCGACGCUCAAGAUCCAGGACGUCAAGAAGGACAGCGCGACGCGAUUCAAGCAUCUCAAAAUUGUCCUAGAAAAUGUGGAUACUGAUGAGGCAAAAGGCUUUUUUGAAGGCAACUUCAGCCAUGUGUAUUUCAUCCUAUAUGAUUGUUUCGUAUCUGCUGAAGCCAAUCUUCGACAACGCGAGCUUUCCUUCCAUAUUGUGCAUAAGGCACACAGGGAAGAAUUGGAACAAGUAUUGCAACUUCUGGAGAAAGUUUUAACGCUUCUGCCUGAGCUGCUUAACAAACGAUGGCAGUGUCAUAGUUUAGCACGGAUUUUGCAAAAACUCUUGCAUCCUGGUAAUAGUUGGAAACUUCGUAGACAAGCUAUAAGGUAUUUUAUUUUAUGGUAUCAAGCUCUUGGCGAAAAUGCUCCCGAGCAUAUACAUCAGAUGUUCGCCAGUUUAGUGCCAGGAUUUCCACCGCAUCAAGCAUCGCCUUAUAAAUGUGAUCGUAAAACAGAUGGCAAGAAAGAAAAACUCGCGAAAGCAGCUAAUUCUGCUGAAGAGAAGGAUAAGAAAGAAUUUUAUGAUACGCAACUUGGCCAAAGUACUUUUCAUGAUAAUGGAUCGAAUCAAUGUCCUAUCAGUCAAGUUGACGGCGGGCCUAUUUUACCACCGCAAAGUGGAGAAAAGCCAUUGGACAAUGAAACUGUUAGGUUUUUGGAAGCAUUGCUUGAAUUUAUGGUUACUCAGGUGGUAAAAGUAGAAUGGCGGGAUAAAUCUACACGGCAGCAUAAAACUUUUCAAUUUUUAUUAGAACGUUUUAAAGUAACGUAUCUUCGUCAUAUUUGUCCGGAGUUUAAUGAUAACUUUUCGCUUUACAAACCUAAUCUGGAAUUACCUACAAUGCGUAAACCAAUGAAUCAAAAUCAGAAUAACUAUGUACUCUGUAAAGUUGCUCUAAUCAAAUGGAUCGCAAGCUUCACGCAUGUCGCUAGAAAAGAUGGACUUUUCGCACAUCUUUCACAAAGUACAACACCAAAUGAGGAAAAUGCUGAAUCGGAAUUACGCCGUGUGUCGGUGUAUACUCAAAAUUCUGCGGAUUCGAAUUUAUUGUCACCCGAAUCAGUUAUAUCCCAGCAAGAUAGUCAAAAUCAGGAAGAUAGCGCCGUUUCGGCCAUGUUAGUCAGAGAAGUUUUAUAUGGAAAUAGAGAUAAUGUAAACUUUGUACACGAAUUGUACAGGCAGGCAUUUCUUUUGGAUUUCAAUCAUGCGGGAGCUAUAAGAAAAGCUAUUGCUGUUUAUAAAGAUUGGAUUCAAAUGAAUGAAAUUCCUCCGUUUAUGUUGGAACCGCUAGAUGGUCAUAAAGAUCGGGAUAUGGAAGAAAGUUUAAGAAAAGAAGAAAUGGAGAAAAGUCCGUCGGAUAAUUAUCGUCAAACGAGAUUAAGGAACGAUUCUUAUCUAGGCGCUAUACACCGGGAAAAUUUGUUUAUUAGAGCAGGCUUACAAAAUGUUCUGCAAGUUUUUAUCACGCAAGCAUCAAACGUAUUUUUCUUAGAGAAUUCGGGGCCGAAUGCAUCUUUGACAUUACUUGAAGAACAGACAGACAGUUGUAAGAGAGUCCUGAAUGUGUAUCGAUACGUUGUUAUGCACUCCAGACUGGAACCAGCAACUUGGGAACAGUUACUUAGAGUGUUAUUGCAAAUCACGUCGCUCGUUUUGAGUGAGAAAUCUUCUCGCCACAAGCAUCAGGAAAGUAUCGGUGGAAAACUUGCACCUGCCAUAUUUCAAACAUUAAUUGUUACAUGGAUUAAGGCUAACUUAAAUGUGGUUAUUUCUACCCAAUUAUGGGACCAGUUUCUAGAGGUGUUAACAUCAUUAACACAAUGGGAAGAAUUAAUUCGAGAGUGGGCGAAAACUCUGGACACGCUGACGAGAGUAUUAGCAAGACACGUAUACAACUUGGAUUUGAAUGAUUUACCUUUGGACAGACUCAGCGAACAAAAGACAAAGAAGCGGCGUGGGGUUGGAAGUCGUGCGGCGUCGACGGGGAGUGUACAACCACCUCGGAAAGGUAGUAUUGAUCAAGAAAACAAUACCGCACCGAAAGAAAGUGUCGUGGAUCAUCCCCUGCGCGAUAUGAGGAAGGUACGACCAUUACCGCGCAGUGCGAGUGAUAAUACUAUUUACGGUGGCAAAGCUCGUGCAAAGCUGCAGAGACAGCGAACACAUACGAUGCAUAGCGGUAUACCCGUACUCCCCACACCCAGCAGUGGCAUUGAUAGCAACAAAGAUAGCCCUAUACAAAUAGAGAAUAUUGAUGGUAGUAGUAUGGUCGAUACAAAUGACGCAUCUGAGAGAAGAUCAGUCAUGGCAGGUGGAGGGGUCCGUGGAUGGUUGCCAGAUGUGGCUGUCGUUUUAUGGCGACGUAUGCUAUCUGCAUUAGGAGACGUUAAUAAUAUUCAAGAUCCUGUUUUACAUGGCCAAGUCAUGGAUUAUCUCGUACAACUCACACAAACGUUGAUUAAGAUACGCUUAAACCAAGGAGUAUCCGGGGAUAAUCAAGCGACACCUCCAGCACCAGAGCUAAUUCCACCUUUAACAGUCAUCGCACCUUGGUGUUUCAAGGCGAUCCAGCUUCCCGAUCAAUACGAAAUUGGCAAAUUAGCUGCGUAUCGCCUAAUAUGUCUGUUAACAGUGCAACCAUUGGACAUCAGUCUACCGAAACAGCAUCUUACGCUCUUCUAUCGCGCCGUUCACAAUGGAAUUGCUAGUAAUGAUACUAAAGUAUUGCACGUGCUUGUGAAAUAUACAGGACCUAGAUUAUUUAGUCUAAAUCUACCUGGAGCGAGUCUUCUAAUUUUGGAUUACAUACACGCUGUUAAUGUGAUACUUAACAGUCAAGAUGUCGAGGCACCAAGAACAGAAGCUGUUUCGGUUAUCGGUUCAUUGUUAUCCUUACCUGUUGCAAUGACCAAGUUACCCAUGUUACAACCGAAUGGACCUGAUAUUAUUACUAUGACGUGUCCAGAAGCAAAAGAACAUAUCGUAACAAUACUUUUGCGAAGCUGUCGACGAGAACCCACAGGUAUUGCAAGAUGCUUGGCCUUAUCAAGUAUCGCAAUGUUCGUAUAUAAAGAACUAUCCUACAAAACGCAACAUCCAAGAGUUCCGGAAGCUGUCACAGUUCUUCUCUUUGCACUUAGAGCUUCUCACGCCACAGUUGCGCAGGUUGCCUGUGAUUCUCUGUUACUUCUCUGCGAUAAGGCUGACGUGUUGCUAGAGUUGUAUCCUAACGUGCCAUCUAAAAUAAUACAGAUCUUAUCGGAUACACUUGGGCGAAUGACAACGCGUGAAAGGCGCGGAUCUUUAACAGUAUCAAUGCUAUUUUGUUUGGGCGAAUGGGCCAUGCACUUAGGACCAACAGUAUUAUUGCAAGUGUUCCAAGGGAAACCUCUCUUGAUGACCUUAUUUACAGUGUUAAAUAACAUAGUGCAAAAUAAAGUUGGAAAGGAAUUUUCGAAAACCGCUAGAAACAAUCAAGAGGACGAUGACGAUUUUGAUCCUAAUAUUACGUUAGAUAAUUUAACUGACGAGUCCUCUACAAAAUCACCUCAUAAAGGAAAUAUUCAAUCUGUACAAUUGGCAGCAAAAAUGGUAUUGAUGCAUUUAAUUAAUCAUUUGGGACAUUUUCCAAUGGGUAUCGGAGCCGCACGUCUCUCAUCGCUGGUCGUUGAGCUCGACGACGUUCCUGGAAUCGAUGGAGACGAAUUAUCUUCCGCCGUUUUUCAAGCACCUAACAUACAACUCUUGAUGCUCUCCAAUUCGAUCAUAAUGUCAUUGGUGGAGUUAGCGGCAUUGGACGCACCCGGUGGAGGAGUCACAGCUGGUUUGACUACAGCUCCUUCUCUGGUCAGAGUUUUGUUGCGCGAUCUCGCUGGAAAAGCCUCUUGGGACAGUUCAAUUUUAUACAGUCAACCUUUCAUUGAUGACGAUUUGCCAUUGCCUUUCGCAAAGCCUGUUGACUGGAACACAAAACUACACACGGACGAUUUAAGUAGCGUCAUUACACCUCACAAUUGUACACCCAGGCACACAAUACGACAUCGCGAACCCCACAUAUUACCGACUUUCGCGAACGCCGCAAGCGACAUGGACAAUUUGGACGAUCUUCUUCAGUACAUAGGACAUACCAGUCCGGAAGUUUUGACUAAUCCAGAAAUCGCUCUCAAUGCACCCGCUAAUCCACCUCAGGGACAUUAUCUCGAAAGUGAGACUAUUGCAACAAUUUUGAAUCAGAGAAACGCAGAGCAAGAACAUAUGAACAAUUGGAAUCAACACAUCAGUAUGAGUGCAACGGCAGUCAGUCCACCAUCGUGUCGUCCGCCUCCGGCGCCAUUUCAUCACUGCCGACUUCUGUUUUCACAUCUCGGUUUGUCUGGCUGGGAACUGCGUAAGAAAUUACAUUUGCUGGCGAAAAACGAAAAGCUCUUACGCGAACUCCGUAAUCUUGAUGGCCAACGAUCUCGAGAGACGCACAAAAUAGCGGUGAUUUAUGUUAGCCAAGGACAGGAAGACAAAAACUCCAUACUAAGCAACGUCACUGCCAGUAAGGAGUAUGAGAGUUUCAUCGCGAGAUUAGCUUGGGAAGUCGAGUUGGAAUCGCACACUGGUUUCCUUGGUGGUUUGGUGCCUGGAAAGGCGUCCGGUGUCACCGCUCCGUACUAUGCCACGUCUUUCACCGAAGUUCUCUUCCACGUUGCUACAAGGAUGCCGUCGGAUAGUCCUGAAAGUUUACUACAAAAGACGAGACAUCUUGGCAAUGAUGAAAUUCACAUAGUUUGGUCGGAGCAUUGGCGAGAUUAUCGCAGAGACAUUAUACCCACAGAAUUCUGCGACGUUCUCAUUGUCAUUUAUCCGCUGAAAAACAAAUUGUAUCGAAUACAGAUCUCGCGUAAAUCGGAAAUUCCAUUUUUUGGUCCUUUAUUUGACGAGUGUAUCGUGGAGGAUAAGGUAUUGCCGGGUCUAGUGAGAACGACUGCAUUAGCUGCGAGUAGAGCAAAGAGAUCUACACUUACGUUGUACCAACAUUAUUACGAGGAAAGAGCGCGAUCCAUUGACACUGUUAUGAGAAAUCACAAGGAAGCUACAACAUUCGAGGAAUUUACAGCCAAUGUUUAUUCUCCAGUGCAACCGCCAAGCCCGUUUAGCGCAGCUUCAUCUGUCUCUGGAUCUACAACAAGCGUGCAAUCCACAGCAUCGUCAAACCUCGCGGCAGCGCUUAUAGAUUCGCAUCAGGGACGUUCCGGUUUACGUAGCAGUUCGACAGCAAGCAGUGACAACCGUGCGAAUAGAGUCUUGCAAAAUAUAUUCAGAGUUUCUGACGGAAGCAGAGUAUGGUUUAGCAGUGAUACCCCCGAGAGUACUGCGCUUCAUGGGAUUUCACCGAGACCUGUAAAAAAGAUGUCCUUUAAAACUGGACCAAAGCAGAAGGCUAACACACAACCGACGCCGCCAGACAGUCCGAGAUACAAAUGAAAGAUUUCUUCUUUAUUUAGGAAAAUGCUCUGCACAAUUGAUUGCUCUGCUCACCGAGCGUUGUACUUUAAAGGAAUUGUUCGGGUAAAAAUUAGAGUAACGAAUAAUUAUACGAUAGUGUAUUCCACUGUUAGUAUUUCGCGCGUAGCGUGAAUUACAGGAUAAGCAACAAUGCCUGACAACUUGAUGCUUUUGCCGAUCGAUACACGUUAUUCACAGUGGAGAUUGACUAUCUGAUUAGCGUUUUUCUGUUUUCCGUCCUAAUUUUUAUAUCGACUGUACAGAUCGUUGUUUAUUUGUUGCAACGUGAAUAUUAAUUUAUUGGAAAAAAAAGUAUAUGAUAAAUUUAUUAAAUUAUAGGUAUACUUACUAGGUAUACUUCUCAUAGACUUAUUAAUGUCGAGAGACAGUUAUUUACAUUGUACAGCACUUUCUUAAGAUUAAUUUAUCCUAGUACUUCGAGAUAACUGGAAUAAUAAUUCUAGACUAUAGAAUUUCUAUCUUACAUCAUAUAUUAAAAAGUAGCAUAGAAAUACUAACAUUGUUUGAAUGCUCUGCGGCUACUGCUAUAUGGCCUUGUAAUUAUCUUACUUAUCACACAGUAUACACAGAAUAUUAUUUACAACUAUUUUAUUAUUAAUUGGCCAGAUAAACGCGGAAGAAUUUACGAUUAAAUGUCAUUCGCGAUAAUAUUUUUUAGCAUGAAUAACAAGUUCAUAUUCCAGAACUGAUGUGAGUUUGAUAAUUGCAUUAGCCUGAUUUGAAGCAAAACGAUGAUUAUUAUUUAAACGAAGUGAUAUACAUAGCCAUUUUCAAAGAAAAAAAAAUCACUUAUGUUACACAUUCCAUACGCAUAUAUUACUCUGUUCUUAAUUUAUACUACACUUAUAAUUCAUGUACAUGCAUAAAGAUGAAUUACCGAGCCAUUCCAUUCAAACAUUAUAUUCAUAAUUCGAUGAACGUAUCUACAUAUUUUUUAUACGCUUUAUAACGUAUCUCUCCCUGUGAAAUUUCUUUUAUUUUAUUCGAUGUAAUAUGAAGAAAUCGCAAAUGCAAUCGCCAAAGUGUUUUAUUUCAAUACUAAAACCGAAGAUACAUAUUGUUUUAUCAUAUUAAGUAAAUUUUGUAUGCCGAUGCAAAAUCAGGCCACAAAUUUAGCAAGAACCGAGACAGUAAUAAAAAGUAAAUUUGAAAGUAUUUAUUCUAUUUAUUGAAUAAAUAAUGGCUACUUGCUUUAUACGAUUCAUCUUCAUACAGUGAUAAUCAAAGUAUUAAUGUUAUCUAUUACUAUUAAUGAAUGGCAGACUAAUAAAGGAUUAUAUUAUGGUAACGAUGUGCGAGAAAGAAACAAAGAGAUGAGAUUUUUCUAUAGGUAUACACUUUGCGAUGAUAAACUCUGUGUAUAAUUAGAAUUUUUUGACUAUUUUGAAGACUACCAUGAAACACACAUUCAAAAGUGUAGGUAUUAGCAACGAAGAGAUAUAGGUAAUAAUUACUGAUGCGCAAAUCAUGGCCAAAGCAGCAUUAUUUUUCCACUAAUUUAUAAUAAGAUAGAACCAGGGAAGCUCUGUAUAUGCAUUGUAUAUAAAUUGUUAAGCAUAUAAAAAAUAGUUCCGAAGUUAUUUAAAA